AUGUCAACACCAACACCUCAUCCCCAACAUGGUGUUCCAUGUGGUACCAGUACUCCACGACCAGGUCUGCUUAACACUCCUGCACCUGGUCCCCUUCUACACCCCUCUCCAAAGUCCCCCUCAGGCACAGCCCUCCACCCUAGCCCUUCAACCCCCAAACUCUUCACCCCUCUCAAAAUCCGCUCUCUCACUCUUCAAAAUCGCAUCAUGCUUUCUCCAAUGUGCCAAUACUCCGCUUCCAACGGCCACUUCACCCCCUGGCACAUGGCUCAUCUAGGCGGUAUCAUCUCCCGCGGUCCUGGUCUCUCAAUGGUAGAAGCUACCGCCGUUUUACCCGAAGGAAGAAUCACUCCUGAAGACAGCGGACUAUGGUUAGAUUCUCAAGGCGACAAACUAAAAGAAAUCGUACAAUUUGCGCACUCCCAGGGCCAACUAAUCGGAAUUCAAUUAAGCCACGCAGGGCGAAAAGCAAGUAUGGUAGCCCCAUGGCUCGAUCGCGCCGCCGUCGCAACAGAGGACGCAGGCGGAUGGCCCACCAAAGUCAAAGCAUCAAGUGCUCUUCCCUUUGACGAACAUCAUUGCACGCCUUCUGCCAUGACACUUGAAGAUAUUCAAGAAUUUAAAGACGCAUGGGCUGCUUCUGUCAAACGCGCACUUAGAGCUGGAUUCGAUGUUAUUGAAAUCCAUAAUGCGCAUGGGUAUCUACUUCAUGAAUUCGUGUCUCCCGUUUCGAAUAAACGGAAUGAUAUGUAUGGAGGGGGUUUUGAAAAUCGCAUUCGUCUCACGCUUGAGAUUGUGGAAGUUACACGAAGUAUUAUUCCCGAGGGAAUGCCGCUUUUUUUGCGGAUUAGCGCGACGGAUUGCUUGGAUUAUGAGGGGUUUGAGGAGGAGAGUUGGACGGUGAGGGAUUCGGCGAGAUUGGCGGGGAUAUUGGCGGAUAGGGGAGUGGAUUUGAUGGAUAUUUCUUCGGGAGCGAAUCAUCCGAAACAGAGGAUUACGGCGGGGCUGGGGUAUCAAGCGCCGUUUGCGAAGGAGAUCAAGAGGGUGGUGGGGGAGAGGAUGUUGGUUGGGACGGUGGGGAUGAUUGGGAGUGGGGAGCAGGCGGAGCGGUUGUUGAGUGGGAGGGGUGGGGAGAGGGGUGUAGACGAGGAUGUGGAGGGAGGGGAGGAGGGGACGCAAUUAGAUUUGGUGAUUGUAGCGAGGGGGUUUCAGAAAAAUCCGGGGUUGGUGUGGGAGUGGGCGGAGGAGUUAGGGGUCAGGAUUAUGGUGGCGCAUCAGAUGAGGUGGGGGUUUAGGGGGAAGGCGGGGGGGCAUUAG